UGCUGCUGCAUGAGAUAGGGGUCCAACUGCAACUUCGACUUUAAACGGGGAAACUGCUGGAUGCGAAGGGAAAUUAACUUUUACGAAAGCAGAGGACGAACUGCUUUGAGAAGCAGCCGUCCUGACAUCAGAGCGCGAUCUUGGAGGGGGAGAAGCAAGGAGACCUGGAGAAAACAUUAAAAGAGGCGCUUUACAAAGUCCGCACAGUUGUGUGAGUUUGGAUCGUCUGACUGGCUAAGCCUGUCUCCGACUCGGAGAGUUAACUGUUAUUCUGUUUGUUCUGCUGUUCUGGUUGUUCCGAAUCAUGGCGCUGAGAGCCAGGGCUUUGUAUGACUUUAAUUCCGAAAAUCCCGGGGAGAUUUCAGUGAAGGAAAACGAAAUCGUGACUUUAUACAGCGAACAAGACAUAGAGGGCUGGUUGGAGGGAGCAAACAGCAGAGGGGAGAGGGGGCUCUUCCCUGCUUCUUAUGUUGAGAUUCUUAAGAACGACGCAGCCCCAGCGUACAACAACAGCACAUCUGGGGAUGGGUACCAAGGACAAGGAUCUAGGUAUGCCAACAUUCCCACCGGCGGCUAUGAUGCCUCCUACAAAAUGCAGACUCAGGUCGAGAACUUCACGAAAGCGCCAGCCUCCGGUUUUACGACUUUCGCUGUACCACCUCCGCACCAAACCAGCCCAGGGAGCGACGACGAUUGGGACGACGACUGGGAUGACAGCUCGACUGUUGCGGACGAACCGGGUGUUGUCGGUGGAAGUUUACAAGACUACGAUGGAAAUGGACCUUCCACAUACAGAGUUUCAACUUCUUCGAUGUCUCGAGGCGGGAAUGCGCAACACGCAAAAAGUUCGGCAACUGUCAGCAGAAACCUCAACAGGUUCUCAACCUUCGUGAAGUCCGGGGGAGAAGCGUUUGUGCUGGGAGAGGCGUCAGGUUUUGUGAAAGACGGGGAUAAAAUUUGCGUCGUGAUGGGGCAGUACGGUCCAGAAUGGCAGGAGAAUCCAUACCCAUUUACGUGCACCAUCGACGACCCCACCAAACAAACCAAGUUCAAAGGCAUGAAGAGUUACAUUUCAUAUAAACUGACGCCCACCCACACGCAGAGCCAGGUAAACAGAAGAUACAAGCAUUUUGAUUGGCUGUACGCCAGGCUGGUAGAAAAAUUCCCCGUUAUCUCGGUCCCGCACAUCCCGGAGAAGCAGGCCACAGGGCGCUUUGAGGAAGAUUUCAUUUCUAAGAGAAGGAAAGGCUUAAUAUGGUGGAUGAACCAUAUGACAAGCCACCCGGUAUUGGCCAGGUGCGACGUGUUUCAGCACUUCCUCACCUGCAGCAGUACAGACGAAAAAGCUUGGAAGCAGGGGAAGAGAAAAGCAGAGAAGGAUGAGAUGGUUGGAGCCAAUUUCUUCCUCACCAUCAGCACCCCGGCGGCCCCGCUUGACCUGCAAGAGGUGGAGAGCAAAAUUGACGGGUUCAAGGCUUUCACGAAAAAAAUGGAUGACAGCGUGCUGCAGGUCAAUGCCACCGUUAGUGAAUUUGCCAGGAAACAGAUAACCGGGUUUAAGAAAGAAUACCAGAAAGUUGGACAGUCCUUUAAAUCACUCGGUCAGGCUUUUGAACUUGACCAACAGGUAUUCUCUGUCGGUUUAAACCAAGCGAUUGCAUUCACAGCCGAGGCUUAUGAUUCCAUUGGAGAGUAUUUUGCAGAACAACCAAAGCAGGACCUGGACCCCGUGAUGGAUCUGUUAGCGCUUUACCAGGGGCACCUUGCUAACUAUCCAGAUAUCAUCCACGUUCAGAAAGGAGCCCUGACCAAGGUGAAGGAGAGUCAGAAGCACGUGGAGGAGGGCAAGAUGGAAGGCCCGCAGGCAGACGGCGUGCACGAGCGCUGCAACAUCAUCUCCUUUGCCACACUGGCCGAGAUCCAGCACUUCCACCAGAUCCGCGUGCGCGACUUCAAGGCCCAGAUGCAGUACUUCCUGCAGCAGCAGAUCGGCUUCUUCCAGAAGAUCACCGGCAAGCUGGAGGAGGCCCUGCAGAAGUACGACAACGCCUAGAGAGGGGGGGUCCCCACCUAACCCCCACGCGCAAGCUCUCUCGCUCCCGAACGAUAAGAAAAACAAAGGCGCCAGGCGGAUUUAGCGAGCACUGCUUUAGCAAUUACAAUCCAGAGAGAUAGAGAAAAACCACUCCUCCUACCCGCUGCCUUCAUGCGAGUUCUGUCCUGGGAAGCCUGGGCUCCUGUUUUAAUGGCUGCUGCUGCUCUGCGGGGCUGGAGAGUCCUUGAGAAACACGCUGAAAUGGUGGCGUUUUUAACCCUUUGUGGAAGUGCGACGGAAUAUUUCACAAUUCAGAGGACUUUCCUUAUGAAGCAUUAGCAUACAACAGCAAAGCCUGCAAAGUAUCUCUUUUAGAUGUGGGGAAAAUCAGCACUGCUGUGGUUGGUAGGUAUAGACGAGUGAGUGAGUGGGUGGGUAUAAGGUUUUUUUUAGUUUUUAAAUACAAUUCUGUAUUAGAGGGAGAAAAGUAGUAUGUGAAAGCAAGUUAUAUCGUUGCUUACACUACCAAUGUAACUUUUCCAAGACUUGUCUGUUUUAAGCCUUAUGACGUUGUUUAAGAAAAUGUUUUAAUAAUGAGUACUUCUCAAGCGUUCAGAAGGAUGCUUGGAUGGACAGAUAUUUUAAUCUUUAGCACCAUUGACUGGCUUUCCUCUGCCUUCUGAGUGCCUUCGAGGCCUCAGAAUCUUUACAAAUCUAAGACAAAGAGAUGUUUACAGUUUCCCAGCAGAGCAGCUAUCGCCACUGUCUUGUGCCUUUCAACACACUGUUUUUAUGGUAUCUUCUGUAACGAAAAAAGUAUAUUAUAGCAGAUUGAUUUACAAACUCGAUUUUACGAGGAAUUCACUCCACUAAUGUUAUAGGGGGAGGACUUCCUGACUGUGCAAGUUGGGCUUGGGGGGGAGAAGGAGCCGGUGGCUUGGCAGGCCGCACUGUUCAGCGGGGCGCUCUGGGUUUUCUCGCCUCUCCCUUCCGGCUGGAGAGAAAAACCAAAGGUGCUCCAAAGGAUCACGUGCUCAUUCCUCACAUUUCUGAGAGCUGGACCCGAGAGAGGCCGCGAACGAAAGGAAAAGAAAGAAAAGGAAGCGGGAGGAGAGGAACCUGACAAAGGAGGGCGGGGCGUCAAAGCUGAGGCUUGACCCAGCAACCGCCGCGGCCCACCGGAGCCUCGCGGCGAUUCGGAUAAAUAAAGGCGUCGAUCGGAAUUUCUUUUUGGCGGAAUUGGGACAGCUGGGGGGGUGUGGUGUGUGGAUCUUUACCAGCUCCUGAGACACCGUGCGUCAUUAUCAGCAGAGGAUUCCCCAUGUUUUUAUAAGCAGAUUCGGACAUUGCUGCUGCUCACUGAAAUUUUACCCUAACCUGUAGCACAGGGGGCACCAAGCCCCAUGUAGAUUAGAGAUGGGGAAAUGAGAAAAU